CCUAAAAAGAUAGACCUGUUUGUUUGAAAUAUCUGCCUCGUGCUCUACCUACGCAUUCAUCUACAUAAAAGCUUAUCUACACCGGAAUCUCUUAAUACACCCGUGUUACUCUGGACUGUCCUCCACGAACCCCUCGCUCACCUCACCAAUAGAACUAGCUCUCUAUAGUGCUGGCCUGACAGCUGCACCCACCCGUUCCGGUUUUUCGGCUCACCCCUAGGCCCUGAAGUGCUGAGCGUCAAUCGAAGCUCGCAAGCUCUCGCCAUGGCCUACGACCAUGGAGCGCCCAAUGGGACGUCUCCCAUUGAGGCGCCCGCCCCGCGAAAGAUCCCGUUCUGGCGCCUGGUCGUCGACCAGGGCAUCGUCACGCAAGAAGUCGUCGAUCACAAAUAUGCUGGAUCAGGUACAGAGGAGGACCCAUAUGUUGUCGUCUGGAUCCCCAACGACCCUCGAAAUCCGAUGGAGUUCUCAGCGAUGAUGAAAUGGUUCCUGACGGGCGUUGCUGCGAUUGCGACUCUGGCUGUUGCUUUGGUCUCGUCGGCGUAUACUGGUGGUGUUGCGGAAAUCCAGGUCGAGUUCGGCAUCGGCAGUGAGGUUGCAACGCUCGGUGUCUCGCUUUUCGUGCUCGGGUUCGCGAUUGGGCCUCUGCUCUGGGCACCGCUGAGUGAGAUGUUCGGUCGUCAGAUCGUCUACUUUUUUACUUAUAUGGCUCUUACGGCUUUCAACUGUGGAUGCGCCGGCGCGAAGAACUCGUGGACCCUCAUCAUCCUUCGUUUCUUUGCCGGUGCGUUCGGUUCGUCACCACUCACCAAUGCUGGCGGUGUGAUUGCCGAUAUGUUCUCUGCUAAGCAGAGAGGUGUCGCCAUGAGUUUGUUUGCUGCGGCUCCCUUUUUAGGCCCGGUCCUCGGUCCUAUUACCGGUGGAUUUCUCGGAAUGAAUGGCGGCUGGAGAUGGGUCAUGGGAUUCCUCGGCGCCUUCUCUGGUGCGCUCUGGAUCGCCGGGUCUCUCUUUAUGCCAGAGACAUAUGCCCCGGUUCUCCUUCGCCGCCGUGCUGAGAGACUUUCCAAGAUCACUGGUAAGGUCUAUCGAAGCAAGUCGGAUAUCGAGCAGGGCAGAAUCACUCUGGGGGAGGCUUUCAAGACAGCUCUUUCUCGACCCUGGAUUCUACUCUUCCGCGAGCCUAUUGUGUUCCUGCUGUCUCUGUACAUGGCCAUUGUCUAUGGAACCCUGUACAUGCUCUUCGCCGCCUACCCCAUCGUGUUCCAAAAGGUUCGCGGCUGGAACCAGGGUAUUGGUGCGCUCCCGUUCCUGGGUAUCAUGGUUGGCAUGCUCUUCGCUAUUGUUUACAGCAUCUGGGAUAACAAGCGGUACAUCCGGGCUCAGGACGAGAAUGAAGGAUUUGCCCCUCCGGAGGCACGUCUGCCUCCCUGCAUGGUGGCCUCCGUUGCGAUCCCAAUCGGCCUGUUCUGGUUCGCCUGGACCAAUUACCCGUCGAUUCACUGGAUGGCCUGCAUUGCCGCCGGUGUACCCUUCGGUUUCGGCAUGGUGUUGGUUUUCCUGAGUAUCAUGAGCUACCUGAUUGACACUUACACCAUCUUCGCUGCCUCCGUUCUGGCAGCAAACUCUGUUCUCCGUUCGAUCUUCGGUGCCGUUUUCCCGCUCUUCACCACAUAUAUGUAUGAAGAUCUCGGCAUCCAUUGGGCCUCGUCCAUCCCGGCCUUCCUCGCGCUCGCCUGUGUUCCUUUCCCCUUCCUCUUCUACAAGUACGGCAAGCCGAUCCGUCUCCGCUGCAAGUACGCCGCCCUGUCCGAUGCCUUCAUGCGCCGCAUGAUGGCGCAGGUCAAGCCCGAACCCGCUGCCGAAGAGGAGGCUGCUGAGGAUGAGGAGAUUGAGAAGUUCGACCAGCUUCCCUCGAUCAGACAGCUUCGCAGCAAGGCCUCGGCCCGAUCGUUCGCUUCUCACAAGUCGCAUAAAUCACUCUAUGAGGGCAACCCUUACGAUAUUGACCGCGUGAACACGCGCGAGUCCUUUGGAGGAAAAUAGAGUUCAGCACUUGGUCUCCUUACUUAUACCCCGAUACAUAUAGUCUUUAGUCUGCAUCUUUGCAUUGCUUUUGCGCUUUACCCAUUUAAUGUGUCCAUGUGUGAUGCGAUGGAAGCGAAAAGUCAUUUUGUCUCUCUGCAUUGUUGAUAUAUACCCUGCAUGAUUUGUUGCAUAUAGACAGUGAUUAUUAGCUUGAUGAUAUAAUUCCAUAAUCUUCUAACUCAGUCUCCUCUAACUCUUUGUUCGAGGUUUAAAGAUUGUAAGGCAGAUUUGGAGUAACGUCUGGAGACGCUCUGAUAGGCAGGCCUUUCCGGUCCU